GACGAAGACGACGACGACGACGACGAAGAAGAAGAAGACGAAGAAGAAGAAGACGAAGAAGAAGAAGAAGAAGAAGAAGAAGACGACGACGACGCAGCAGCAGCAGCAGCAGCAGCAGCAGCACAAGCUGCGAUUUCCAGCGGACUUACUACAAACAAGUUGAGUAUUUCCAAAGAAAUACAGCAACAACUUAUGAUGCGAAGACUCCGAGCAACUAGCAAAGUUGUGAAGUAUGGAGAUAUGGAGUCCGAUCUGUCCUUUUCCCAGACGAUGAGUAGUGAUGAGGACAGUGAGGAAUGGAGGCCUACGGAGCUUAAAUCAAAAGGGCCAAGCAAAAUUGUCAGCACCCCUGCAGCAGGGGAUAGAAAAGCAACGGCCAAAAGAACUUCCAAACCGAAGCAGCCAAAAGCGCUGAAGACACCAAAAGCUCCCAAAGUACCCAAAGAUCCCAAGUCAAGGGUACUACUGAAACAUGAUGCGGAACGCAAAAAGAAGGCGCUUUCAGCUCGCAAGGAUUCUGGUGAGUCUUGGUUGGCUGGAACAAAGAGGGAACGUGAUGGAAGAAAGGAUGAUAAGGCUGGAGAACACAAAGAAGAAAAAGAAACAGACUGUCCAAAGGGAGGGAGAGCUGAAGAAAGUGGGCCAAGCAUCAGAAUGAAGGAGGAGAGGGUUUCAUUUAUUGUGUCAGAAGCCCAUGAGGCAGACAGAUGGGCAGAUGAAGGGUCAUCACUAGCUGGACUUAGACCAAAGAAAGAGGAAAUAGAAGAGGAGGAUUUCAUGUUUGAAGAGCCCUAUUUAAAGAAACAGAAGACCAGUGGUACCUGCCAGGGACAACCAACUGCUUUACCACCAUCAGAAGCACAAGCUCUUAGGAAUGAGCUUAACAUGACCUGGGACUUGACUGAGCUGUUGUCCACCUUGACAUGUGUGGAGAUGUGGGUCUGUGUAAAUAUCAUUGUACUUCUUCGUGAGGAGAACACAGUGCCAUUCAUGGUGCGCUACCGCAAAGAGAUGAUCAACCACAUGGAUGCUGAUGCUGUCCGGGAUGUCCAACUAACAUAUGAGGAAUUAUGCAAUCUGGCUAAGAAGACCCAGUCUGUUAUUCAGACCUUGAAAAAGGACGGAGUUCUGACCGUUGAGUUGGAACAAAACCUGAGGAGCUGUCGAUCGGCAGAUGAACUGGAUCAUGUGUAUUCUCCCUAUAAAAAAGGCAGUAAGCUGACAAAAGCUCGCAGAGCCAAAGCGCUUGGCCUUGAGGUGGCUGCCUCUGCUCUGUUGGACACACCACACACUCUGGAUUUAAUGGCAUGGGUAAAACCUGAUACUAAAGGUCUGUCAUCAUUUGAAGAAGUGGCUACAGGUGUGGAGCAUAUCUUGGCUGAUAUGAUAGCCAAAGACCCUGAGACACUCACCUACGUAAAAUCAUUGUGUGAGAACAGUUUUUUGACCAUCCGGUCCUCAGUAUCUAAGUCGGUGCUUAAGGAAAAAGAGCAUGAGAAGACUGUCCAGAGUCAAAGAAAACAAGGGGCCCAGCAAAACAAACACAUGGACAAGGACAAGUUCCACCUCUACUUUGACUUUACCUGCAACAUUCAACGCAUCCAGCCCCAUCAGACCCUGGCAAUUAACCGAGGGGAGAGUCUGAAGAUUUUGACAGUGAAGGUGAACAUUUGCGACAGGGUGAAGAGUGACUUCAUUAGGUGGUGCAUCAACAACAGGUGGAGGCCAAAGACAUUUCCAAGAGAAGAGCUCAAUGUAAUCAUCAGGAAUGCAGUAGAGGACUCUUAUAAAAGGCUUAUUCUGCCUUUCCUCACCAGAAGUUACAGGACUAAACUUACAUUUGCAGCAGAGAAGGAAUCAAUUGCCAUGUUUGUCCGGAACCUCCGCCAGCGCCUGUUGAUGUGUCCAGUCAGGGGUUGCAUCAUCAUGGGGGUGGACCCUGGCUUCAGACAUGGAUGUAAGCUGGCAAUCCUCUCCCCCACUAGCCAGAUACUCCAUACUGAUGUUGUGUACCUGCAUAAUUCAAGCCAGCCAAAAGAAGCAGAAAAACUACGCCACCUUAUGAUCAAAUACUGCUGUACCAGGGUUGUCAUUGGCAACGGGACAGCAUGUCGUGAGACUGAGUCCUUCUUCACUGAUCUCAUCUUCAGGCGCUACUUUCAUCCCCUGGAGGUGUCUUACUGUAUAACCAAUGAGGCAGGAGCAUCGAUCUACAGUGUGAGUCCUGAGGCAGUCAAAGAGAUGCCAGACUUGGACCCCAACCUUAGGAGUGCAGUGUCCAUUGGAAGACGUGUCCAAGAUCCACUAGCUGAGCUUGUGAAGAUUGAUCCUAAACACAUAGGCAUCGGAACAUACCAGCAUGAUGUGUCAGCCGGAGCUCUGAAGGCAGCGCUGGACGGAGUGGUGCAGGAGUGUGUGAGCUUUGUGGGAGUGGACAUCAACAUCUGCUCCGAGACGCUGAUGAGACAUGUAGCAGGCCUGAAUGUGGGCCGGGCACAGAAUAUAGCCAAGUGGAGAGAGCAGAAUGGUCCCUUCAUCAACAGGGAGCAGCUCAAACUGGUCAAAGGCAUGGGGCCCAAGACCUACCAGCAGUGUGCUGGCUUUAUUAGAAUCAAUCCACAAACCCUACACAGUGCAAAAUCCUCACCUCAUCCUGUUGCAGCAGUGCCAGAGAAACCUGCCGCUAAGAAGGGCAAAGGAAAGACUUGUGUCAAUAAACCAACCUCAUUUAACCCUUUAGACCAGACCUGUAUACACCCUGAGUCCUACCAUGUGGCACAGAGAUUCAUGUCCCUUGUGGGUGGGAGUGUAGACCAGAUUGGAAAUUCAGGCCUGCAACAGUGUGUGGAGAGCAAGGUUAGGACCAGCAGUGUCGAGGAACUGGCCGGGACAGUGGACACCACACCUGAGACCCUCAAACUCAUCAUAGAUGGCCUCACGCAGCCCCCUGGGUUUGACAUACGACAAAAUUUUGGGCACGCAGACUUUAAGCGGGGCAUUGUAUCGAUGAGUGAUCUGCGGGUGGGUACCGUGCUGACGGGCCGUGUGGACAACGCUGCUUUGUUUGGGGCUUUUGUAGAUAUCGGCGUGGGACGAUCAGGCCUCAUCCACAAGAGCAACAUAACGCUGGACAAGCUGCCUGUCAGCCAACGCAACCGAAGCCUGGCUCUGGGACCAGGAGAACGGGUGGAGGUCCGGGUCCUGAAUGUUGACCCUCAGAGGGGACGGAUUGGCCUGGACCUGAUCAGGGUUCUAGAAUAAAGUCACUAAUCAACAUUAUUAUUAUUCUUUAAUUGGAUUUGAUGCAUGACAGGAAAUUGCACACAAAGCUUCAAAGUUGCAGAUUACUUCAUAAUGUUUACAGUGACUACAGUUAUUUGUGAGGGCUUGUAAUUUUUAUUCUGCAAUUCUGGCAUUUUUCAUACAAAACGGUUCAAUUAAUGCCAAUUUAGUUUUUCUUCCAGACAACAGAAAAUAUGUAAAAAGAUUGAUGGGGAUGGGGUGGUGUUCUAUCUUCCAGACUGCGCAAAAGCCUGAAGGCUUUUUAGGCAUUGUCCCAGACACAAUUAGCCCAGGAGAGACACAAACACACUCUAAUCAGCUGCUUCAUAAUUAAUCCCAGCCUCCCUUUCCACAUUAUCCAAUGUUUGUGUUCAUGAAACUGGAAUAAAUAAUAAAAGAAAAAACCCGCAUAAAAUAUGGUUCCGCGAAGGCCUGCGGUCCCCUGUGUUGAACCUUAUACUGAAUGUAGAAUACAUAAUCAUGGUUAGUGCUGCUGCCUUAAUAUCUACCCUUGGGGAAGCAAAUGGAAUAUAUUCACUUAACUGAGAUUUUUUCAACCAAGAUUAAUCAAAAGUGGCAGUUUGCAAUUUUGUUGUCUUUCUUUUAGUUUGGUGAUCUCAUGCGUUGUAGCUUGGCCCAGUCUCUUGAUUUUAAUGUUUCCAGCGUUUUUUUUUUUCUUGGGGAACAUAUUUGUGCAAGUAAACACAGUUUCUUUCAGCAUCAUUCCUGCUUUUCCACCUUAUUUUUUCCUCCCUCUACUAACCGUGAGUGCACAGAUGGCAGAGGUAAUCUGGCAGCCAGCUACUGCUGCCCCUCAGAGUUUGUGACUGCAGGAGUAGUGUAGUUCUCUGUUAUCCUUUGAUGCACUGUUUCUGAACUGUUGUGUUAUGGAUUGAGAUCAGGUGCACCUUGAGGUUUUGGUGAAAUGUGAAGGUAAAUUGAUGGUAAGCAAGCUACUGAAUGAAUGUCACAGUCUCACAUGAAACAUCUGGCCAUUUGUUAUUCUAUAAGUCCUAGGCUGUUAAAAGUCAAGUUAACAGAAAAAUAUCACAGGUCACAAAGGGCUCCCUCUUCAUCUUAGGUUCAAGCUUUAGCUUUGGAGACGCAGGUGGACACAGUCAUCUUAAAUUUUACCACACAGUAGCAAAGGGAAUGUCUGUCACGGCUAGUAAAUUUGUCCUGCUAAGCGAACAUUGAGUGUAAAGUAUCUGUCUCUGUUGAUCUCUGAUUUGUCAGACCGCCUGACCAAAAAAAACAAUAAAAGUCUAAAGCACUGAAAACGAA